UCAUUAACUCCGGUCCCCAUGUCAUAAAAACAUAUAUUGUAAGAGCAUGACUGGCUUAAGGCUCUCACUAAUCAAUCAGGCAUACAGCAGGAAUACAGCCACACAUAAAAGGAGCCAGAGACUCAGGAAAUCCUCCAGCUAAGGGGAGACAAGCUGCACCGAGGUUUAUCUCCAUGGAGAAAUCCACUGACAAGCCAAACAAGGAAAACAGAUCGUCAGCUCCUGGAGUAGUGCAGGCUGAGGCAAACAGUGCAGCACCCGUGGCAGGAGGUGCUGCAGAAAUGAGCAGAGCAGGAUCCGUAACACAAAAUUCAGAACGUGAGAAGAGAGUGGGAUUCACUGAAGAGUGUACUGAAGAAAUGGAGAGUCCUUCAGGAACAGAGAGAGACAGUUCUGCUGCCUUUAAACCGGCAGUUUUGGAACAAGACUCUCCAAACUCAAGGCCGCUUGCUGUGCUAACGGACACAAACUCUCCCAAAAUGAGCAUGUUGGACCUGAACCACCAGUGCUCAGACACAGCCACCCUGGACAUGGACUGCAUGAUCUGCUUCAACAAGUACAGCAUCUACAGAGUCCCAAAGCUCCUGGACUGCCAGCACGUCUUCUGCGCCGUCUGCCUCAAGCUGAUCCUCAGGAAAGAGGAGAGCACCUGGACAGUCACCUGCCCUCUCUGCAGAAAACCCACCUUCGUGUCAGGAGGGCUCAUCCGCACACUCCAGAACAAAGAAGACAUCCUGGAGCACUUGGAGAACCUUGAUUCAAACCCUGAGGUGUACAUCUGUGCCAUGGGCCUGGAUGGCAACAGCUGGACUCAAAGCAGCCAAGACAUUUUGAACACAGAGGAAACCAGCCCAGCACACAGCAGCCUGGCUGUGCAGAGACUCCUGCUGCUCCUGCUGCUUGGGGUGAUCCUCACCAUGCUCAUCCUCCCCUUCAUGUACUCAGGGAGGGUGAAAUGGGUAAUUUGUCUCCUGCUUACUUUGGGGCUGCUCAUGUCUAUGGUGCUUUGCUGCACUCCUAAAUUCCACUGCAGGUGCAAGAAGGACUCCCCUGCCUCCUGUGACAAGGAGAUCCACAUUGUUACUGUUGCCUGAAACAAUUAACCUGCCUGUCCCAGAGAUCAGGGACCGGGCCAAGGUGCGCACUGGGCACACCAGUGAGUUUUGGACUUAAAAACAAUCUCUCAGAGAAUAAGUUCAACAGUUGGCUGAGCUGGCUCAAUGCCAAUGCACACUGUUGUUAAAUCUCAUUACUGCAAACAAAAUGAACUAUUUAUAUGUUGAUAUUUAUGUGUUUUCACACUUUUCUUUUUUUUUUUUUUUGUAAUUGUGUUGGUUUGCUUUUGCCAUUUUGUUCAUGUCUGUGUCCCCUCCUGAUCAGCCCUGCAGGAUGUUAUCUGGAACACCUGGGAGGUGAUGUCCUGCAAACCCCCGGGGUUGCUGCUCCCACUCUGAAAACAUGGACACAUUUCCUUGGGGCAGAGUGGGAAAUAAAGCUGCUAAAUCAGGGAGUGGGUGUUUGGAAGAGAGUUUUUUUAACCCAGAUUAUCACCUCAAUCCCUGGCAGGGAUGUCGGUUGAUGUCAUUUGAAGUUACACGUAAAAUUGGAGAGGAAGAGGCAAAAUCAACACUCCUGAUCUUGGUUUGUGGCUUGCAAAGGGCAAGGCUCAAAAACCUCAUGACCCUCCAAAUUCCCCACAUUAUUUAGCACUGAAAUUGUUCCUCUCACCUGAAUUCCUUUAUCUGGCAACCUGCAGGACCUCUCUUCUUGCCCCCUUUACAUUGCCGUUGAAGAUGCUCACAGAGGUAAACAGAAAUCCACUGACUGCUGCGCCACACCACAUGUGAUAUUUUUAAAUGCAAUGUCUCCAUUAAAUUUAAAUAAUAUGAA